AUGUACUUCAAGCUUCAUAACUUGGAGGAUUAUACAGUGUUCCUCCCGCCGGCGAGGGACACGUUGCUUUCGUUGUUGGCUGAGGCACUAUCCUGGGAGCGAAAAAGACCGGAUUCCAUUCUGUCCCUGGACAGCUACAGUCCAGUCGCUCUACAGGCUUUCAUUCAAAAGCAGGAUGAUCUGGUCGCUGAGAAAUGGGAGCAAUAUAUCGCCAGACGGAGGUCGGGAGGAAUGCGGGAGCUAUUCCAAACCCGUGAAGAAUCUCAUGAUUGGAUAAAGCAGAGGGCACCACUCAAGCUCGUCGAUGGAGCUUGGCUUGGCCAUGUUCACAGGGUCAGCACGCCUUAUAGCAAACGGCAUGUGACUAAAGACGCUUGGCAGGUUAUGACAGAGGAGUACGGUGAUGGGAGUCUGGAAAUGCACCAUGUCCACUUGUACGGUCAGCUCCUUCAACAGGCUGGAAUUCAGCUUCCCCAACCACACUCGGUCGAUUUCAUCCACCCUCGGCAUGGCAUGGGCAAUACCCUGGUAUGGAAAGCCGCUGUUUCACAACUACUCAUUUCCCUCUUCCCUCACGAAUUUCUCCCUGAGAUCCUCGGAUACAACAUGCACUUCGAGCGACUUACACUAGAGACCAUGAGCGCGGCUAAAGAGCUCGAGGAGUUGGGCCUUAGUGGUUAUUACUUUUUCCUUCACAUCAGCAUCGAUAACUCCCAUUCAGGACACACUGCCAUGGCCGUGAAUAGCGUUGAAAAAUUUCUCACGCACGUCGAAUCCACAGAGGGGCCCGAGGCGGCUGAAAAGGCCUGGAGGAGAGUCCAGGCCGGCUAUUCCCUGUCGAACGCGCAUUCUUGUCCCGAAUUUACAUCCCCAACAACCUCUGGCAAUGAAUGGAAUAAAGAGCUCAUCGAAAUGUUCAAAGCCAAGGCACAGUCGGCGGGGAAUGUUCACUGCCCCAGCGUAAUCAAGGUUGAUGGCCAGACACUCAGCCAGUGGUUGGCUCUCGAGAACUUCUCUUCGAUACAGAGCCAAAAGAGAUUCAUCGCGGCUCUAGCUAGGAUGAAACCAUGGAUACGUCCGGGCGACAGUGCGAAUAGCCGCUUCAUACGGGAAUUGUGUUGGGGCGGCAAGAUGUUUGGGUCCUUCACCUCUGCCGAAGUCGAUCUUGUCAGGAGAUGGAUUGAUAAUCUCGGUAACCAGUGCCCACAGGCUUACCUUGAGCUCUUCGACGACCUUUCUCCGUAUCCACCUGUGCAGGGAGAUAUUCGUGUACACUACCCCCUGUUCGCCCCGGGAGGCCUAGAAUGUCUCGAUUUCCUCCAUGCGCCCGACUACGAUUUGGAAACGGAUAUUGGCACCAAGACUAUCCUGUCAAGACUUCUUCCGCUUUGGUUUACACACCAAUGUGUCCUGGAAGGAUUGGUGGCAGUCCCUUCGAGGACGGCGAAUCAGACGAUUUCGGCCGCCAUUCGUGUCCUCAGAACUUAUAACGGCUUUUCUUCCGUUGAUUCUGGUGUGGCCGGCAUGGAUGAAGCUAGAAGAACAGCAACGGUUGGACUCAUCGAGAUGGGUCUACACAUGGUGGAACUGGCUGGGCUACCGCAGCCAACGUCUCUCAAGCAGGUGCUCGAUUUAUGGCCUUGUGAGUUUUCUGUUACCUUGUUGCACCUCUCGAUGCGGCCGAUCAAGAAUAGAGAUUUGCUGUUGGGACUUGCUUCGGCGUUUUCGGCACUACAUGUGGCUGUCCUGAGGUCACAGUUCUUGCCACCGACAGAUCGGGAGGUCUUGAGAAGCAUCAUCUGGACCGAGCGCCUAGCUUUCAAGCUUUGUGCAGAAGGUGAGAAUCUUGCAGAGCAGAGCCGUCUUGAAUAUCAGCGAGGCCAAGAGUUGGGUGAGAAGGCUAUCACAGGACUGUGCCGGGCUAUCAAUCAAUUCAAUUGA